CCUCUGCAGACUAUCUCAACCCGACUACGUGAAGCAUAGGCUGGUGUCUCUGCCAAAUCAACCUAGGAACUGUCGAUGCAAUGGCCAAGUUUCGCUCAGGAACACCUGACAUGUAUACAGUACUUCUCACCACGCGCUGCGUGCCUGGGACUGUCGGACGGAGCUCACUUCAUCGGAUCCCACGAUCAUACAUCUUGUCAGAAGCACCCGUGCCGCGGGAUAGGUGGCUCGUUUUACACAACCUGAGGUGGAAACCCACCUUUUCGCGGAGCCGGUGGACAGCGAGCUUCACGAACUGAUAUAAAUGAACCCGCCAGGUAGAUGCGCCUGUCCUCGGACCAGAAUGCCUGUCUACUAUCUAGUAUACUGUAACAGCGAUGACGCGUCGGAGAUGCACAUCCUGCCGGUGUGCCCUCAUUCUCGCUUGGUCCAACUCCCCCAUCUUCAGGAUACCACUAGACACGUUUCACGCGUCUGGAGAGGAUCCCCGAAUAGUGGAUAUGGAUCAGUACCGCACGACUUCCCCCAAAGCGCACAAUCUAUUGUGCACUUGGACAACAUAGCUACCGGGACACAAGAUAUGUGGGGCGGAUGGUCCAUCGGUUCCCCCGCUCGCCCUGCCUCCGCUCCCCCGCAUCUCGUCCAAGAGACGGUUACGAGGAAUCAUGGGAUUACCGGCGGAUGGGAUCAGGCAGACGCCCAUCUGCCCACGUCAGACGCUUCGCGCGCGGCACUGGUAAACGACUUUUUGCCAGCUGCAGGUCUCAUCCAUCCGAGUGGCGAAGACGGUCUGCGCCUUCGUAUCAGCGAUGGCAGCGCAAACCAGGGUUUCGACCCUUUCACCGAUGUGGAGAGGCUGGCCGGAGACGGUGGGGGCGGCGCAGGCGCACCGCCAUGGAUCGUGGACAGAAUUGGAUUUCCUGCCUUCGAGAAUAUGGGCGAGCGAGCCGCCCAAGCUAAUGUAGCCGGGGCGGCUAUUCCGGGGCAGGACUUCACUGGAGCACUUGAUAGUGUGGACCAAAGGUCCGCUCCCGCUCGUCCAUUACUCGACAUUCCACCGCUAGGUACCCCAGCUACAGAUGGCAUGCAGGUCGCAAGAAACGAGACUCACCCAGACGGUUUGUCAUCUGCUACGAGUCCAAUUUCUGUGGGAGAGCCAGACGCUGCCCUGUCGUUCGGGGGGCUAGCGUACCUGAACACGCAUCCAGCAACGAGCUUCAAUUGCCUUCGUCCGUGCCAGGGAACACAGUAGACAGUGGCGUCAGCAAUGCACCUACUGCGCAUCGCCGCUGCAUGUUCGGUGGCGCGGAGUGUUCACAUCCCCUCAUAGACGUGACGCCACGGGGAAUCAAAGACCAUGUCGAAAAACAUCACGUCUCCGAGUUGGUCUACAACACGGACAAGGUCCAAUGUCGAUGGCG